AUGGCCUUCACAGGGCGAUCCGGCUCCAGCAGACGGGGCGGUUCCGGGAGCAGAGGAGGUAGAGGCGGAUACUCUCGCAUCAAUAAUCGCCACAAAUAUCCCAAGCCCGAUCUAUCCAAAGAUCCUUUGGGAGGCCUGAUAACAACCAUAAGCAACAGCGACCUCACCAACCCAGAUGGCGCUGUGGAGAAUCCCGAGAUCACGGAGUGCGCAUAUAUUGCCUCUUACACUUGGACGAACGAGGCAAGUCCAACCAUUGUGGUCCCUGGCAAACCUCCCUUGUGGACUCCACCGCAUGGCCCUCAACAACUCCGCGAGGAUGAAGGCGAGUUUUUCCGGGAUCCCAAUGCUGCAAGAUUCCCGGUGCAUCCCACCGAGCCUGCAGUCCGAACAAUCCUCAAAUAUGCUCCUGGAUACCCGACCUCCAGUAUCAACAUCUUCGCCUGCGGAAGCACGCUUGGGCAUCUGCUUCGGUUCGUCCGACAUGUUGAUAAGCCAUUUCGCUUCAAAGUGGAACUAAUCGGAAACACUGUCUUCUUCGCUCGCCAAGAGAACUCUCCAAAAGAACUCAUCAGAGACAUCAGAGGAUUUGGACACACAUUCCCGGACGCCUAUACCACUUGGGAGGCAGACGUGAAAGGCUCCGAAACACAUCAACGGAUGAUCCAGUAUAUGUUCGGUGGUCUCAAGUGUAUUGUUCGGUUCGAAUGCGAUGGAUAUUUCCGUCCGUCGAAAUCCGAUGACUCAGCGCCGGAGUCUGCGAUCGCGGAUGUGAAACCAGCUGCUGAUGAUGACCUUGCGGAGGCUUUACGAGUUACAUCCGUUUCUCAUGACGUCCAAAUCAUUGACGGAGGUGACUCCCUUCGAAUCAAGACCGGAGGGCAAGAGAUUCCACAAUCAUCCAUCUUCGAUCUGAAGACGCGAUCGGGAAAGUACAAGAAAGAAAUCGACAUGACUGACCUCCUUCCGAUGCUCUACCUCAAGCAAAUUCCCAACUUCAUCGUCGCCUACCACGAUGGGGCAGGGUUGUUCCGGCCGGACGAUAUCAAGACGCUGAAGUUGACGGACUCUCUUCGACGAUGGGAGAUAGAGAAUAAGGCCGCUCUGCAGCGCCUAGCCAUUCUCCUUCACAAGCUUAUUGACAUCGCGAAGAACGAUGCCAGAGGGUUGCUAGACGUUUAUUGCCCCGGACCAGAUCGUCUCGAGAUUCAUACACAACACGGGGAGGGGUCUCCUGCACUGCCGCUUGUGUUGAAGGAAGAGUGGGCUGGUAGAGCAGAGGGCAAAGAUGCCGAUUCGGAAUUCUCGGAUGGCGAACGUCCUGCGUUGCGCGACGACAAUGUUGAGUGCAAGGAUGAUGACAGGCCUCUGGAUAGUGACUCGGACGACGAUGAUAGAGACUUCACGGCUUGCUCAGCCGACUCAUGUGGCUAUUGUGGCAAAUGUUCAUACUAGAGCGACCAUAUCUUUCCUUGGCGUUGAUAGAGUUAUGUGGCUUUCCUUUGUGUGUUCCCUGUGCGUGCUUGACAUGGUUGGACGGCUGGUUGAACAGU